AUGAACGUGUCAGGAACUUUGAGCUUCUUCAGGCUCUUCAGGGAUCCAUCUUUGUGCUUGCCUCAUCAUACUGUCUCGACUUUCAAUCACUUACCAAUCCCUCUUUGCCGAGCAUUCAACAAAGCAGAUGGCGAGAAGAAGGUAGACAUCAGAGCUGUGGUGCUCGAUAAAGACAACUGUUUUGCUGUACCAAAGGAAAAUGAGGUUUACAAGCCGUAUACUGAACGAUUUGAAGAGCUUCGCAAAGCAUAUCCUGGUUCGCGUCUAGUAAUUGUAUCAAAUUCUGCCGGAACUUUGUCAGACCCCACUGGCGCAGAAGCGGACCUUCUGGAAAAGAACACUGGCGUUAAAGUUCUUAGACACAACACAAAGAAACCUGGCUGUCAUCCAGAUGUGCUAUCAUAUCUUCGUAAUGCUGCAGACACAGGAGUCACGCAUCCGUCCCAGGUCGCCAUUGUCGGAGACAGGUUGUUCACAGAUGUCAUGAUGGCAAAUAUGAUGGGCUCAUACGGAUUCUGGAUUAAGGACGGUGUUGUGGAAGAGAAAGGACUCUUCGUGAAACUGGAAAGAAGUCUUGCAGGCUUCCUCACUCGUCGAGGUUACGCCCCACCAUUCCCUCAAAACCAGUUUGAGUAA